AUGGAGGAGAAACACCAAUUCAUGGAGGCAGAGAAAACGCAGAGCGAAGCAAGGAACAAGGAAGGCAAGGAAGAGAACGAUGCAGCCUUUAGGCGAUUAAGAAAGAGUUUGAUGUUCAAAGCAAACCCAAUGCCAAACUUCUACCAUGAAUGGUCUCCUCCAAAAGUUGAACUUAAGAAGCCUCCUCCAACUCGAGCAAAGUCGCCAAAACUAGGGCGUAGGAACACAAAACAAGGGAACAGAGAGAAAGGAGUUUCUAGGCGGCAUGAAUCAUUCUACUUAUGCUUUCUAGUGGUCUGCAUAUGA